AAAACGAAAUCGCCUGCUCUCCCUCCCUAUUCUGUACUGUCGUCGCCGCUGCUCGGACUCUGUACUGCCAUGGCGCCCACCCAUUGGCUUCUCCGGCGACCUCCUCUCACGCGCCGCUCUUCCCUCUAGCUCGUGCCCUCUCGCGCCGAUCUUCUUCUUCUUCUUCUUCUCCUCGAUCUCAGAGCAAAUCAAUAUGCUUCAGCACCAAAUUGCGCAGUCCCCUGCUAGGUUGGGCUUGAACAAUCCCAAUUCUCCCUCAAUUCAAAACCCUACCCCUCCCAAAUUGCCUCCUUCUCAACAAUCCCACCACCAAAAUCAACCCAAUCUCUCUUCUCCAACUCCUUCAUCGACCCUUCUCCCUCUCCUUCCUCCGCUCCCCAGAGCUCAAGCUCUUCUCCUGCAAAUGGCUACCCUCGCCUCCAAGCUCUUUGAAGUCUCCCCCAAUCGCUCCCUUUGGCUCACUGCGUUCCGGGGUUCUCUCCCAACUUUUCUUAAUUCCCAAACGCAGUCGUCGCCCUCUACGCCUCUUGAUGCUACUCCAUCUACUUCGAAAGAAAUUCUGUCCCUGUUUAAUGUUCUGCAGACCCAGUUGUUUGAAGCUGUUGCCGAGCUUCAGGAGAUUCUUGAUCUUCAGGACUCUAAGCAGAAGAUUGCCUAUGAGAUUCGGGCCAAGGAUGCUGCUCUUCGUGCUUUUGCUAAUAAACUCAAGGAUGCUGAGCAGGUUCUUGAUGUUCUGUUUGAUGAUUAUGCGGAUUAUCGACGUCCUCAACGGGUUAAGACAAAGGAUGAUGUUGAAAAUGAUUCUUUGUGUUCGACUACGGUUGCAUCCCAGUUGAAAUUAUCUGAUAUAUUGUCGUAUGCCCAUCGAAUUAGCUAUACGACUUUCGCGCCACCUGAAUUCGGCGCUGGACAAGCUCCGCUACGUGGAGCUCUUCCUCCCGCCCCGCAAGAAGAGCAAAUGCGAGCCUCCCAGUUGUAUAACUUUGCAGACCUUGAUGUUGGCUUGCCUAAAGCAGUUGAAAGCACUGAGAAAACGAUUGAGCCAAUGAUUGAGCCUCCAGCUCCAGUGCCAACGGAUGCUAAUCCUCUUGCUAAUCUGGCUGCUAUUCAGGGUCUGCUUCCUCCAAAUAUCACUGUACCAUCUGGUUGGAAACCUGGAAUGCCAGUGGAAUUGCCCAGAGAUUUACCAAUGCCCCCUCCUGGAUGGAAGCCUGGGGACCCUGUGCCAUUACCCCCAUUGGAUUCUCUUCCUGUUCCUAGAGUUGAUGAGCCACAACAAUUGAGGCCUAAUGCUCUUCCAGGAUUGCACAAACCUCCUGAGCCGAUACAAGUUAGGCCUGUACAGUUGGAUAUUCUUGAUCAAGAUGAUGAUAGUAGUGAUUACACUAGUGAUGAAGGAAGCUCUGAAGAUGAUGAUUAAUGGAAACGGCUUGAAUCACCAACUAAGACCCUUUAAUGACCGCUUGAUGAUAAGAGGUGCAGAGACAGUCGAGAAGUUUGCUUAGGAGCUGCCACCCUUGAAAGAGUGUGUGCAAUGAUGCACAGGACUAGGAGAUCUGUUAAAGGUUACAUUACAUUACGCACUUUCAAGCUUACAAGUUACUGAUGAUGUGUUAUGCAUUUACAAGGUCAACUAAAAGGAAAACACUUCAAAUCUGACUUAGUUCUCUUACACUUUUAUUUUGUUUUUAACGCGAGCUGAAACAAACUCUCUUAGGAUACCAUUUAAACAUGACUAAAGAGUGUUCCGACUGUAAUACCGUGUUGUAGUGCGAUUGGUAAAUAAGCUUCUAUAGGCUGCUGAAUCAAUUAUUGACUCAAUAUUGUGAUUUGAAGGAAAUUUAUCGAUUAUUUGAUGUUGCUGGUAUUUAGAGCAAACUGUUGUGUAUUACAAGUUUGAUGAGAUUCUGUGGAAUGUAACUUGGUACUUGUGAAAGAGAACGUAUUAAUAUGAAGAAUACUGUUGUCCAAA